AUGUCACAUGCAGUAUUUUUUAAUCCAGCCAUUUUAAGGCUUAUUCCUAAGUUGUCGCGGAUCUGCUGUGCUAAUUUACCCGUGGUGAAUUUCUUCUCAACUUGGAAGCCAGAGGUUCCAAAUGGUAAAACCUCCUCACUAAAAAGCUCACAGAUCUCUUAUAAACACAGAGACAAACAACACAACAGUGAAACAAGUAGGUCUCAAAGUGAUUUGUACCAGACUCAGGUGACUCAGAAAUACAGACCUUCCGACCACAAUAAUAAUUUUAAUCAAGGAAAGAGAAGGUUUGGAAAUUCUGAUCAAUACGGUGACAGAUUUGGGCAUACAAAAAGUUUCAAUGCUGAAAGAGCAGGAGUAUGGGUAGACGAAAAGCAAGAUGACCCAGCGUGGCUAGUGAAAAUGCACCAACAUCUGAUGAAAAAUGUCACUUUACCUCCAUCAUACAAUGGUUAUUUUGAUAUGUCUGAGGAGAACCUGGAAAAACAGAGUAUACCACAGCUGAUGUCUUUAGCUAAAGAUCUACAAACUAUGGAUAGAAACUCAAAACAAAUUAUUGUUGAGCUAUGGCGUCGAUUUGAUUCAAUGACUGUUGAUCAGAUACUAACAGUUGCUGACAUGUUCUACAUAAAGCAACAGAAAUCAGCCAACUACUAUAGUGCCAUGCUUUCGUACUUCAAUGAAAUGUUUGAACUGCUAGAUUUCACGCCACAUGAAAUGACCCGUCUUGUGUUUCAUAUAAAAUGCCAUUCUAACGCACCACCAUUUUUAUACCUGGCCAUUGAAGAAAGAUUGCUACAAAAAUUUCCUGAUUAUGGCUUGAACCAGAUAGCUAUAAUUUGUCAUUUGCUUUUUGUUGAUCGAAAUAGAAUCAAAUCUGUGGCAUUAUUGGACCAGAUUGCAAGCAAGUUUCUUCAAGAAUUUCAUAUUCUACAUCCUUGGUACCUUCCCAUGAUGAUGAAAAUGUUUCGGUACUCAAACUACAUCAAGCCUAGUUUCUACACUGCAUUGGGUGACAAAAUACUUGCAACACACUAUUUAAAGAAAACCAGCGGAUUAAGCCAAGUGAUGCACAUUACGUUUACUUACGCAUCGGUUCGCGUCACACAUCCUGCACUGUUCAGCGCCAUCCUUACCCACUGUGAGUCACCUGUUCAGUUCCAGAGACUUAAAGACAUAUCUAAAAUCAUUUGGGCCUGUGGGACACUUGUCACCACCGAACCUGCACAAUUGGAAUCAGUUGACAAAAUUGUGGGGCUUUACCGGAGACAUGUACCAAUAGAUACCAUACUGAACUACCCGGAUAAUUUAGUUGACAUUGUUAUGGGUCUGAUCAUGCUGAACAUUUACCCUCAUGACUUGAUAGAAGACCUGUUUGAUCCAAACAUUGUGAAAAAAGCCUUGGGUCUACAAAAUGUCAGAGAAAAGUUCCUGCAACUUCACUUCAUUCACAAUUCUGUACCCAUUGAAUGUCCAGAUUACAAAGGCAAUAGGCUCUCUAAAUCUCAGCUUGCUAUAGUGGAGGAGAAGUUGAAGCACCUGACCCUGGAUGUGGAUGUGUAUUAUAGGAAAUCUGUCACACCGGCUUUAGAGUCCCUGUUGAAUGCCCUGGGAGAUGAUAAAGUACAUUGCAAAUUUGUUCUUCCCCAUUUCCGAACAACAGAUAUUCUGUUGUUUUAUGAUAGAACUAAAGGUUGCUUUAUAAAGCCAUCUGAAGAACAGCUAGCUUCAACUGCUGUGCCAGGUUAUUUUGAUAAAAACAUUGAAAGAUUAGUGAUUCUUUUACUGAGCAAAGCUAACUACACCUUUGACAAGAAGCUAUUAGGGAUGAUGCGUUGCAAACUUCGCCAGCUUAAGACUCUAGGAUAUAAAGUUAUACCAAUAGACACAGAAGAGGCUGAGAAAUAUCCACUGAUAGACUCUAAGAUGAGAGAGGAGCUUCUUUUGGGUCAUAUCUCUAGAGCUCUUCAGGUAGAUGACCUGAUGAGUGGACACUCAAAUCAUGCUUGUUGAUGUGAGGUGAUUCUGUUAGGUCAUAUCUCUAGGGCUCUUCAUGUAGAUGACCUUAUGAGUGGACACUUAUGCUUGUUGAUAUGAGGUGAUUCUGUUAGGUCAUAUCUCUAGAGCUCUUCAUGUAGAUGACCUUAUGAGUGGACAUUCAAAUCAUGCUUGUUGAUGUGUUGAAAUAAACAUGU